CUCUUCUUUUUUUUAUAUAGUUGCCUGGAAAUCUCCUUUCAGUGUCUGUUCUCCAACUCCAGCUGUCUGUGUUGCAAGGAGUUUCAACUUUCUACUUUCCCCUUGCCCCUGAACAAAUAGACUUUAAGCACUAAAUCUCCCAGGCCUUAUCUGGUGUAGGUUCUCAUUUCUCUUCACCUGUAGGACAAUGGAAUCGUCUCCUACCUUCAAAGCUUUUGAUCCUGAAAAGCUGUGGCCGAACUAGCUUUUAAGGCUGGAGUAAACUUCUAUGGCCUGAAGCCAGUGUCUCCAUAGCAUUGGAGAAAGGGGAUGGCAUUUCCUGUGGAUAUUCUGAAUAACUGUAGUCAUGAAGAAUUAGAAAGUUCUGCAGAAGAUUACUUGUUAGAUCUCAGGUGUGGGGACCCAGAGAAUCCUGAACAGUUUCCUCUUCUCAGUAAUCUGAUUCCAAUCAGCCUGUCAACUGUUGGCUUUAUUCCUCUUUAUGGUGGUGAUCAGACCCACAAAAUUCUUGCUCUUUUUGCACCAGAGGACUCACUCACAGCUGUGGCUCUCUACCUUGCUGAUCAGUGGUGGGCUAUUGAUGAUAUUGUGAAAACAUCAAUCCCUUCUAGAGAAGGGCUUCAGAAGGUGAGCACCCUUGGGGAGAGAGUGGUGCUGUAUGUUUUAAAUCGAAUAAUUUAUAGAAAACAGGAAAUGGAAAGAAAUGAGGUCCCAUUCCUAUGCCAUAGCAGUACAGAUUAUGCUAAAAUUUUGUGGAAGAAAGGUGAAGCUAUUGGAUUUUAUUCAGUUAAACCUACAGGAAGCAUGUGUACCUCCUAUCUUACUCAAAGUUACCAGCUUCCAGUGCUUGACACAAUGUUUGUAAGAAAGAAAUACCGUGGAAAAGAUUUGGGGCUACUGAUGCUAGAAGACUUUGUUGAUUCUUUUACAGAAGAAAAACUUGGUUUACGUUUUCCCCUAUCUUCUUUUAUGCAUACAGCUUGUAGACAAUAUUUUGAGAAGUACCCAGGAGAUCAUGAUCUUCUUUGGGAAAUUGAAGGAACUGGACAGUGGCAUCAGAGAAUCCCCAUCACCAGUGCAUUACAGAGAGAAACAUUCAGAUGUGCAGAGGUUUCUCCAAAUGAAGUGAGAAAACUUACAUAUGAAGACUGUGACUCUACACCUAUUCGCGAAUGUGAAGUAGGAUGUGGAGACAACCUGCCUAGGGAAAUGCAGGUUGAUCCUAUAAGAGGAAAAGGUAUCUCAGACACCAAUGCAAGUACAUCUGAAGGACUUGAUAAAACACCUAUUAACACUCAAACAAGAAGCAGUCAUUUGAAGCGGCCAAAGAUUGGAAAGAGAUUUCAUGAUUCAGAACUUAACCUUCUUCAAGAUGUGGAUGAAAACACUCCUCAGGCUUCAUCUAUGGCUCCAAUAAGCAGACUGGAAUCUACUGCAUAUACAUCUGAGAGCUCAGAAGAGUUAAUUGAAGAUGAACCUGAUGAGAGUGCAGUUGAUUUUGAACGGGAAAAAAUAGGAAAAGAACAACACAUCCUAGAAACACAAGGGUUGAGUAAAUCAGUCCUAGAGAAGAAAGAUGACGAAGAGGAAUCUGAAUUAGAACCCCUGAAUGGUGAGGUAAUGGAAGACACCAUAAAGGCCUCACUAAAACCUGAAGAGGACACUGAUCAUGAUGCUUUGGAUGGAAAGUCAAAAUGGCCAUCUGGUCAUUCCAGUGAAGAAAUUGGAACUCUCCUUGUUCCACCCAUGGUUGAAUCUACAAUGACUCCUGAGGAUACUGCACCAGAUAAGGUCACAGAUAUGAUUGAUUUCAAAAUGGCGAAGGACAAAACCCCACAUGAUGAAAAAGAGAGCUCCGAGGAAAAAUCUCUCCCAACUCCACGAAAGAAACCCCUUUUGGAAGGUUCUGAUAGUGUUGCCACAACCCCAAAGGAAGAAACAUCAGAUAAUGGUCUUUCAAACUCUGUGGUAGGUGAAGCAUCAGAAGAAUCUGUUUCUGAAAAUGUGUCGCCCAAAACCACUUCCUCAUUGGAAGAUCAGGGGGAAGAAAUGGUCCCUGAUUCCCAGGAAAACCCAACGACAACAACCCCUUCUCAGAGUUCUCCAGGGAUGGUUGAACUUGAAGAUGUUCAAAAUACAGGACAAAAGAAUCAGUCAGAAGACCAGUCUGAAGCAUCUUCAGAGCCUCAGGAUCAUUUCACCCAGUCAACUGAGAAGGCUGCGGACAGCAGUUCUGAGGAGGUAGAAAUUGAAGUACCAGUAAUAGACAGGAGGAAUUUAAGAAGAAAGGCCAAAGGGUACAAAGGACCCACUAAGAAAAAAGCCAAGUUAGCUUGAGUGGAGGAAGAAAUAUCAGUCAUAAAAAUCCUCUUUGUAAAAUAUUGGUGUAGUUUUCUUAUAAUAUGGCAGUUAACAAAAACCACAUGGGAUAGAAGAUAAACCUUUGUUGUUCCAAAAUUUCAAGAUGGAAUUAUUUAUGAUGCAUUCCCUCUUAUAGGAAUCAAGAUUAACCAUUCUUCUUAAUUUUUUCUAGACAUUUUCUGCACUAUAAUUUUUUUUAAACCCACCACAUUCCUAUUUUGGAUCACCAAAUCAAUGUAAUUUCAUCUUUAAAAAAAAAAAAAAAAGAUGAUUUCAUCUUUAGCAGGUGGAGAUAAAUGGCCAUUACUUUUUUAAAAACUUAUCAUAAAUACAAAGGCUGCUGUGAAAGUAGCAGAAUUUCCACUGCUUAUCACAGAAAUCAUCUUUUGUACUUUUUAUACUAAGACGUUUUCAUACAAAAUAAAAAUGUUUCACAGUCUUACUCUUCAAAAGCAAAAUUCAUUUCAAGCAGUUUUUAAAAGAUAGGAAUGCAUAAAAUGGCAACAACUAAUUAAAAUAUCACUAAAAUAGAAUUUAAAAGGUCUUUAAGUGGCUGAUAGCAUGACCAUACAACUAUAUUAAGUCAAAGGUAUAUAAAUCAUAUUACUUUGGCUUAUAAUUCUAAUCAUGGAAACUUAUUGCAUCCAUUUGGUUAUGUGUUGGUGUAUAGUCACACACACACACACACACACACACACACACACACACACACACAAUUCCUGAGUCAAUCUUCUAUGUUAUGAUCUGAUACUCCCAGUAAUGGGAGCAUUAGUCCUUUGUGUUGGGUAAACAAAUUAUACUUAAAUACAAAUUAUAUUAAAUUUGUUAUUUUGCUAUAAAUUAUUUUAUUGUGGUCCCUAACACUUGAAUUGAUGAAAUGCUAUAAGAGCCUUAAAGGAGUUUGUUUCCACCCUAAUCAUGUACUAUGCUAAAAUUAUUAAUUGUAUACUUCAUUUCAAGACUUUAACUUUGGUUUCACUAGAGUUAUCUUACUUUUGGUUGUGUCAGAUGGAGACAAUGUCCCAUGUGUUGAGAUUAAAUACUAUCUUUGAGUCUAGUUGUCAGCCUAGUUUGUAGCAAGAAAAAUUAAAUCACACAAAUUCAGGAGAAUGAAAUCCUUUUGCUGUUAUGAGGUCCCUUGCUCUGGCUGUGGAACGCUAGUUAAAUUUUUUUUUUCCCAUGGUUCUCAAAUCACCUCUCUAAUCCUUUGGUAUGAAUUUCCUUCUUCUGGCCUAUAGCCAGAAAGGGUUUUGUUUUUGUCCCUCUAUGAUUUUUGCUCAUCUGCCCCAUGUCUUAUAGUUAUAGAAUGGGGCUGACUUUAGUAUGAGUGGAGCUGCUGUAUCUAUUGUUGAUGCCAGAAUUAUGCACUAUGCUGGAAGCUUCAGACUUCACUCUUGCCCUGCUUUAUGUUCCAUUAUCCUGGUUAAAAACUUGUUAGGCAGAUGAUGUUGUGACUAAUAUAGUCACUAGUCACCUCUUAUUGCCCAAUUCAUUCUAGGGAGUGCAGAAUGUUUCCUACCCCUGAAUUGGAACUUAGUUAUUAUAGCCUUUUCUAUUAGAAAUGAAAAUAAUCUUAAAUAUCAAAUCUCAUAUUAAUUACUCUUUGACAAUAUCAGUGAUGUUUUGAAUUAUGCACAUGUAGUUUAGACAGUACUAGAUACAUUAGAACAACUUUUGUUGGUGAAUGUAAAAAGCCAUUUGGCCCAUCUGGGGUUUAGGUUAUGUUUUAAUUUUGUAUCAUUAGAAGAUGUAUUGAAGUUUGGUUGGAAAGCUUUCUUCAAUCUAUAUUUAGAUAAUGUUGAUUAAACUCAAUGACUUUUUACCAUUUGAGGAUUCAUAUUUUUUGGAAAGAGAAUCUAAAAAUUGCAGAGAGAGAGAUAUUCAAGGCAAGCAAACUAUUAAACUGUUUAUUACCUUUUUGGAUUUUGAACACUCUUCUGCCCUUUUCCAUGUUCACUAUUUUUUUUAACAGAGAUGAGCCAAAUUUUUGGCUUUAUCUGUUUAAUGGUUAUUAAUAAAAUAUCUUGAAUGAUUAAGACUUAAAAUGGUGUAUCAAUGCAAGAUAAAUAGCACCUAUACCACGAUUAUGUGGCAGUUAAAAAGGUAAGAAGAUAUAGUUUUUGGGUAGGCAUUUUUAUUAAUAAAAGGAUGGUCAUUUUAUUAAAUUAAAGACUAUCAUGGUGAUAGAACUGCCUCCUUUGAUUUAAAAAAGGUAUGAGGGACUCUUGUUCUCCCCAAAUCAUUGGUUAUUAAUAAUCAUUACUUAUUUCUCCAUUUGAUUCAAUUGAGUGUGUCAGCCUCCUCAAUGAAUCACUAAUUGUUACAACAGACACUUCAUCAAGAGUUUCUAAAUAUGCGACUUAAGAGGAAAGACAAUGCAAGAUGGACAGGUACUUUGCCAAAAUGAAAGCAGGCACUUCUCUUUCUUACGUAGACUUUAGAGAUAAAAGCAUAACGGGAAAGAGUACAAUAAUAAAGCCAAAGUCCCUAUGGCUCUUUGGAAAUAUUUCUGGUUUGGGUAUGAUCUCGGAGCAGUAGAGAUGUUCUUCUGUGUCUACAAAAUUGAUUUUAGUAUGAUUUUAAAUUUACUUUGCCAUUUACCAGUUCAAAUAAUAAAAAUUAGCUCAAAUCUUAAUGUCUAUUAUUAGCAAAUCAAAUUUGGAAACUUUUAGACUAGGGAAUUUACAAUUUUAGGGUGACCAAUUGCUAUCUUGACAUAUAUAGGAAACUCGGAUACAAACAGAAAAUUGGAAUCUAAUUUUUAUACUUUUAUUCAUUCCCUCAUUAGAAGGAUAAAAUUCCAGUAAGGAAUUAAUAAUACUUGGUCUUUAAUUCAAGAGUAAAUCAUUUAAGUUUCCAGAUUAACAAAUGACCUCAGGAUAGUACAUAUAUAAAUACAUUGAGUGAUUAAUUUCAAAACAGUACAUAUUAAAUAAGUAUAAAUUACUCUCCUCAAUGGAAAUUGAUUGCACCAAAAUUGUUUCCUUCAAACAAAACUGAAGAUAGUUCUCAUCUAGCUUUAAUAAUUAAUAGAAUAGGCUUGAAAAAUUAUUGAAUAGAAUAAACUGCUGAAUCAAUGCCCAAUCAUUCUUACCUAUUUUGAAGCAUUUAAGGAGAUAUGCACAUGCAUACAUACACAUAUAUUACUAGUAACAAACAUGAUGAGGUCAAAUACUCAUCUACUUUAAUUGUUUAGCUUAUAGAAAAGACCAAAAUUCUAAGCUCAAAAAUACACUUGUAUCUUAUUAUAGUAUCUUCUCAGUAUUAGCCUAUAACAUACAGAUUUAUUAUUGUGUUCACAAAAUUUGCCAUAAAACAAUAGGAACAUAAGGGAAAAUUUUUCCCUAACUUAUUAUCAGCUCCAGGCAAAAGUUAUAUAAAUAGCCAAAUGCAUUGAUCCAGGCUUAAAAUCAGCUAGGUGAGCUAUUUUCCAUUCAAAAGGAAAUGUCAUUUUGGGGUAAAUUGAAUCAAAGUCAUCCUACUUCACCCCAUGCCAAGAGUCAUUCUAUAGCUUUUCCCAUGAGAACUCCACCUGUCUGAUUUCAUAGAUAUAAACCCCAAAGGGUUGCUGGCAUCAUAAAUUCCUUGACUCAGUAGUAUUCCUUUGUGGUCAUACCUGGAGUUAGACUCAGAAUAUCAGGUCCAGUACCAUAAGUUCCAGUAAUCAUAACAUAGAUGGGUUCAGCUCUCAAGGAUCACAUAUUUUAGAUAACAGUAUUGUUAUCUUUCAUUGGUAUCAGCAAGAGAUUUAUCAUGAAAAAUCUCAACUUAUCUUGAUAAAACUAAUACUCAUGGUAAGUGUUUUUUUCAUCCAUAAGUUCAACAAUUUACAAAUGAUUUUGUUUUGAGAUGCUUAAUAACAAAUGAUUUAAGAUAGAAUAUAUUAUAUAAUCUUAAAUGGUACACAGGGAACAGAUUAUAUGAAAAGUUGUCUAUAGUAAAAUAUCUUUAUUAACCAUGUUCAAAUGGACACACUACUCAGAUUCCCUUUAAAAAUGGGAACAUCUUUAAAGUGACUCUUAAGUAGUUUGUAUGAAUUUCUAUACUUGUUCUAAUCUCAGAUUAAAUAACAAACAUUAAUGAAAAUGAGAUUUCCUAUUAAAGUGAACAAGAUAGCUCAUAAAUUACAACUAUUCACUAACAUUACUGACUGUACUGAAAUCCUAUUCUUUAAAUAUAAACAAAAGAGGUUCCUGAUUUUAACCUUACAAGUUAAUUUGUCUGUUUCACAAACUUCUGAAAGAAUGAGGUACUUCAGGAACUGAAUAUUAUACAUAUGACAAGUUCAGGCACUAAUCUCUUCCUUAGGUCAUUGAAAUGACAACAAAUUCAUAUCAAAACAGCAAGAUCUUUCCCAUUUAAAGCUUAUUUCAGUAAUUUAGAUACCAUAGUAUUAAUCUAAUUAAUAGAUUCAGUAUUGCAAUAGCAAACUUCUAUUGUCUACCCUGAUACUAAAAAUUUGCUAUGAAAGUUGCAAGCAAGAACAUGGUUAUGAUAGCAUCAAAAUUGGUCCUCAAGACCAACAUUACCCUAUGUAACCUGGCAUAUGGGAACAAGUUACUGCAAUAAAUUUAUUUGUAAAAUAAAAUUCAGUAUGCCUUCUAAAAAUUAAAGUUGCUUUUUUUUUUUUACUUAAACAUUUCUUCCUAAAAAUAUUUGUUUCUUAAAAACAGCUUAAAAUUUAUCCUGAUGUUAGAAGGAUAGUAACUAGACUUGCAGAAAAUAAAUUAGUUGGAAACGUCUAAACUAACACCUGUUAAUCAAACUUAAAACAAAGAUAAUUAAAAUUAGAAUUUAUCAAAGUUAAGUUGGUGUAAAUUGUCUUUAUGUAACACAUAAAUCCCCAAA